AUGCCUCCCAUCCACGAGGAGGACGACGAGCACGAGCUCAAGCCGUUCCUCGGCCUCGCGCCCCGCCUCUGGCUCACAACCUUCAACCCAGGCUUUCUCCCGCUUAUUUUUACGAUCGCGCAGGUCGCCGCCGCGCGCAAGUCCACAGCCGAGCUCGCCGCGCAGCUCAAGCGUAAUGUGCUCGACGCAUGUGCGCAGAUCGCAGCGGGGGCGGGUACGCUGCACGCCCUCCCGCGCUACCUCGCGAUGCAGACGAACGCCGAGGUCCUGCGCGCCACCCGCGCGACCGUCCUUGCAGUCGGCAGCGCGCUCAUGGACUGCAUCACGGUCAUCGAGGUCGUGCUCAACUUCAUCGUCGACACGUACCGCUCCCUCCUGCUCUGCACCAUCCAGCUCGUGGUGCAGGGCUCACUGGAGCUGCUGAUCAGUGCGGUACAGAUAAUUUCGGACGGCGUAACCAGCAGCCUCAACUCGAUCCGCGACAGCAUCCAGGAAGACAUCGGCACUAUGAACAGGGUCAUCCAGAGCGCCGUUAGAGGCAUCAAUCGCGUGACUUCCAUCGUUAACGUCGACCUCUCGGUACCCACCAUCGACAUCCCGUCCCUCAGCUUUUUGGCGAACGUCACGAUCCCCACCGGCUUCGAGGACAGUCUGCUCCGUCUGAACAACAGCCUUCCGACAAUGGAGGAGCUGCAGGACAAGAUGAACGCGCUCAUCAACGUGCCCUUUGAAGCCCUUAAGGCCGAGAUUAACGAGACGCGGCUCGAAAUCGCCGCCGGCCUCAACAGCUCCUCCUUCCCCGUCCCCAGCCUCAAGUCGCUGAGCCAGGACAGCGGGCUGCGCGACGAGCUCUGCGGCGACCUCGACACAGGCUUUAUCGACGACACGGCCGCCGCACUGCACAAGCUCAGCGGCGCCGCGAUUGGGCUCAUGGUCCUCGCGCUGCUGAUUGGGUGGGGUGUCCUCGCGUUCUACCAGUGGCAGCGUUGGCGCGCUCUCAAAGACACCGUCGCGGCCGUCGAGGACGAGUGGCGCCGCGAGGUGCCCAACGCAUGGACGACCGUGGCCGUCGUCGACGCGCCUCUGAUCGAGCGCUACGCCAACCCGCUGAUGAACAAGGCGCGCCUCAAGCCCCGCACGCGUACCAACGUCCGCUGGCUUCUCAGCUACCUCUCCCAUCCCACGUGCCUCACCCUGCUCAUUAUGAGCGUGGUCGGCCUCAUCGCCAUCCAAGCGCAGAUCGCCGCACUCCACGGCCUCAAGGCCGCCGCGCAGGCGCGCGCCACCGAGUCUAUUAGCGCCACGACCGAAGGCCUCUCCGGCCGCCUGAAUGGCCUUUUGGCGAACGCGUCCCAGUCCUACGCAGAGGACAUGAACGUCGCGCUCUCCGCCAUCGAGACCAGCAUCAACGAGGACAUGUUCGGGCACUGGGUCAACGGCACCGCCGUCAACCUGAACGCGACCCUCGUCGAGUUCUACGACGACGUCGAGCGAACCAUCAAGACGGCGUUUGAGGGCACACCCCUUUUCCGCCCCAUCAACGGCUUCGUGUACUGCAUCCUCGGCUCGAAGAUCGACUCGCUCGAAAAGGCGCUGGCGUGGGUGCGAGAGCACGCGCACGUCGACCUGCCCACGGUGCCGGCCGAUGUCCUCCAGCUCUCGAGCGAGAGCACCGCCGAGCUCGCGGGGCCCGUGACUGCCGCCGCGGUGGGCGGGGACGACCCGGACUCGGGCGCGGUCGGCAAGCUCGUCAAACACUUUGAAGACGCGCUGCGCGCGCAGCAGGUCGUCUACGGCAUUCUUUUGGGCGUGUACGGCCUCGUCGUGCUCGUCGGGCUGCUGGUUGUGGCCUGGCACUCGGGC